GGAAAUAGUUUUUAUAAAAUGGUGUUUAAAUAUAAGGCAGGUGUUUUCCAAGCUUUAAUUUUCUUUCUUUCUGUCCCUCCCUGUGCUUUUUUACAUUUAGUGCUGAGAGGCAAAAUGGUCCAUGCUGAAGCAUUUUCACGUCCCCUGAGCCGGAAUGAAGUGGUCGGAUUAAUUUUUCGUUUAACCAUAUUUGGUGCUGUAACAUAUUUUACUAUUAAAUGGAUGGUUGAUGCCAUUGAUCCGACCAGAAAGCAGAAAGUAGAAGCUCAGAAACAGGCUGAAAAACUAAUGAAGCAAAUUGGAGUGAAAAAUGUCAAGCUUACUGAAUACGAAAUGAGUAUUGCUGCACAUCUUGUAGACCCACUUAGCAUGCAUGUAACCUGGAGUGAUAUUGCAGGCUUAGAUGAUGUUAUUACAGAUUUGAAAGACACUGUCAUUUUGCCCAUCAAGAAGAAGUAUUUGUUUGAGAAUUCCAGGCUCUUACAGCCGCCAAAAG